AUGAGCCUUAUUCCCAUCAUCUGCACCCACGAGGUGUCGCCUACUGUUAUCACGUCCAUCCUUUCAAAAGCAUACAAGGCUUCAAGUAAAAUUGAUUCACCUCCAAACCUAAUUCUUAUUAUGACGGCCGACGUGGCCGAACUCCAGAAGUACACAGAAGACUCAGUCACCAAGCUGCCAGUGGAGUCCCUCCAGUAUCCUUUCCUCGGCUGGGACAUAGGCAAGAUUGCCCAGUUUCUACAGGAGAAUGCAUCAGACACCAUAGUAGAUUAUACUACAUUCCUUGUUGCGGAUGAGAAGACAGCCUUAGAUGAGGAUACCCUGCUCCUUGUUUAUGAUAUUGAAGGUGUGCAGGAGAGUAUACGGCUCUCUGCCCGCUACGCCAACAGUGAGGCGGUGUCUGUCUCAGUUGCGACCAAGGAUGUGGGCGAGUUGUGGACCCUGGCGGAUGAGGAUGGGGUGUACAGAGGGGGUCCGCAACACCCGCCGCCAAAAAAGGGCGGGAAGGCGCCCAGGAAACAGCUGUAA